GGUGGGUCAGUGAGACUGCAGUGGGAUGACAUGAUAGCUGACCUGAUCUUUUUAGUUUUAAUUGUUGUAUUUUUAAUUUAAUUUUAAUUGCAGAAAUUUAAAUAACACAACUUACUUCAAAUUAAAUUUCAUUAAUUUAAAAAAUCCUAAAGAUUACGGUUAAAAAGCAACGGUCAAAUGGCAAAUUUCCUUUAAUUUCGAAUUUGAUUUUUUUUUUAAUAGGCGCGUGCAUGACACGCACCCGAAUUUUUGUCCAUCGUAUCUGCUCCGACGUAUCAGGUCAACCUCAUGUCGCUCCAGACUGCAGUGGACGACCCGAUAAGAGUCAUGACUCGAGACCCCCUAUCAGGGCGCCCACUGCGGAUGCUCUUAGGCAAGUAAAAUCACAAAGUCUAGUAAGAUUUCAAUAAAACAACAAAGAAUACUAUUAGCAAACUGCCAUUCUCCCGCCAAUUUUAGCCGAACAGGUCCCCUUGUUGAAUUUCAAAUUGCAGCAACAAGAUCACCACAUUUUUUUCACUCUCAAGUAUUUCCAUUGUCUUUUCUCUCUUUUCUUUUUUAUUUUUUAAUUCUUUCUAAAAAGUCGUUAACUUUAUUCAUUAAAAAAAAUAUUAAUAUGAGAUGCUAAAUUAAAGAUUUCUAGAAAAUCUUUAAUUUGAUUUAAAAAGUUUAAAAAAUAAAUUUGAAAUACAUAAGUUUUUAAUCAUUUGAAGGGACAUAAUUAAUUUUUAUUUUUUUCUCUCUAACAUUAAACAUCGUUCUCUUUUUCAUUCCGCUAUUUCACGGUUUAAAUUGGAACCGUGAGAGAGCUUUUCACGGUUAAGUUUUGAUUUCAAAUUAUGAAACUGUUUCACGAUUCAAAUCGGAACCGUGAGGCAAUGAAGGGGCUUUCACGGUUCAGCUCCGAUUUCAAAUUCUGAAACCGUAAAACCGCCUAUUCGAUUCUAAUUCGAACCGAAAUCAGAACCGUGGCCACCUCUACUAUCAUUUCUUAAAGAGUUAAAUCAUGUAUUUUGGAAUGGAUAACUGGUAUCUAUGCAUUGUAGGCGACCAAACACGGUCUUGUUUUUUUCCCGCCCAAAUAAAUAUUCACCCAAAUAAACACACCUUUCCCAAUUCCUCUCCUUCCCAUUCUACAUUUUCAUUCGCCAUGGGAAGACGGAAAAGCAGAAAUCGAAAACGGCGGGUUCAAAGAAAAACUCCGGCGCCAGCUGCUUCAUCCUCGGCCUCUCCGCCACCGUGGAUCGAACUUCCCGGUGAUGUAACGGCCAACAUUAUGCAGAUGGUUGGCGCGGAGGGGAUGCUAAUGAGCGCGCAGCAAGUGUGUAGUACAUGGUGGAAAGCUUGCAAGGAUCCUGCCUUGUGGAGAGUGAUCGAUUUGUUCAAUCCUGAUUCUGAUUCUAGGACCGUGGAAAAGAAAUACGUUGCCAUGUGCCGCCGCGCAGUGGAUCGGAGCCAGGGGCAAUUGGUCGACCUCACCAUUAAAUUCUUCGGCGACGGUGAACUGAUAAACUACGUCGCCGAUCGAUCACAAAAUCUCAAACGUCUUAAACUUGUAUCUGGCAAUGAGAUGUCUGUACGUGCUUUAAUUCAACCGAUUGAAAAAUUUGGACAGUUGGAAGAAUUGCACCUUACUACCCCAUGGAUUUCUGCUCACCAGAUUGAAGCUAUUGGCCAUUCUUGCUCAAAGUUGAAAUCAUUCUCCUAUAACAAACGUGGUUCAAGGUAUUAUACUUUUGAAGGAUUUGAUGAGAAUGUUUAUGCGGAAGCAAUCGGAAAAUGCAUGCCUAAUUUGCACCAUCUUCAACUUGUUGCACAUAAGAUGGGAAAUAAAGGACUUGAAGCCAUCCUUGAUGGCUGUCCACGCCUCGAAUCACUUGACAUCCGGCAAUGCUUUGGUCUCGAUCUUGGAGGGGAUUUAGGGAAAAGAUGCCGUGAGCAGAUAAAAGAUCUGAGAUUCCCUAAUGACUCAGUUAGUGAUGUAUCAUGGCUUGUUGGGGAACCAUCUGAAUUGGAUUAUGAUUGUUACGGCGACUAUGAUGAUUAUCACCAAGAUAUAGAUUUUGAAUAUGACGACGACUACUCUUCUCGUGGCUAUGGAUCCUUCAACAAUGACUGGCUUGGGAUUUUCGACCGCGACUACUUCUGAGCUAGGAACAGGACCAUAGCAGAGGGUUUUUGUGUUGCUAGUUGAUUUCAAGUGGUUAUGGCAGCAUUUUGGGACUUUCAAUCUAUCUCUAGUGAGAUAUGAAUGGUAGUAGCAAUGUACAUCUUAUGACUCUGCCCUCAGUUUGCAUGUUUUAGUAGCUGAACCUAACUCUAUGCAUGAGAAAUAUUUAAUAGUUAUGUUAUUCGCCGCUUAUAAUAUGGUUUAAAUUUUGAUGA